ACCGAGUGCGGGGAGGUCCUAAUCUAGCAUAGCAGCUGGGAGCAUUUUACCACGUGAUGCGAGAGAUGUUAGAGAGCAGCCAUCAUCAUUUCUCCUAAUUCAUGUCCAGCCUGAAAUGGUACAAGCUUAGACGACAGGGAAACAGAGGACUACGAUGGAGUAAGUGAAGACUCCGAAGCCUUACCCGGUGUCAUCCCACUCUGCCGUUUCACUGCCUCACAACGGUCUGUUUGCGGUAGACAUCAAACAACACCUGGUUUGACCUUGGCUGUCUGCAUCUAGUGGCAGAGGAGCAAAAACCUGUUUUCUUGGGUUGAAAGAACACAGUGGAGGAGAGGGUCUGAGGCUGAUUACUCCCCCCAUUAAUCUUUGAGGAGGGGGGGAGGAGGAGGAGGAGGAGGAGGAGGAGGAGGAGAAGCAAGAAGGAUCUGUUAUAACGACCCCGAGCAUGGGGCAAAAAGUCCCAGGUGGCAUCAAAACCAUUGAUAUGCGGGAUCCGGCAUUCAGCCCCCUCAAGCUGGAGCUACAGGCCCUGAGUCACACCAAACCGUCUCGACUGGAUCUGCUGCUGGACAUGCCACCUGCCAGCCUGGACAUCCAGGUCCAGCACUCGUGGAACAACGAUGACCGUUCCCUCAACAUCUUUGUCAAGGACGACAACAAGCUGGUGUUUCACAGGCACCCUGUGGCACAGAGCACGGACGCCAUCCGAGGCCGUGUUGGCUACACAAGGGGAUUGCAUGUGUGGGAGAUCAGCUGGGCCAUGCGUCAGAGGGGCACACACGCUGUGGUUGGAGUGGCUACAAGUGACGCCCCACUACACUCGGUGGGCUACACAGCUUUGGUAGGAAGCAACCCUGAGUCCUGGGGCUGGGACCUGUGCAGGAGUAAACUCUACCAUGAUGGCAAGAACCACCCAGGAAAAACCUACCCAGCCUUCCUCGAGCCAGACGAUACCUUCAUAAUACCAGACUCCCUCUUAGUAGUCUUGGACAUGGAUGAGGGGACUCUGGGUUACAUAGUGGAUGGACAUUAUCUAGGGGUGGCAUUCAGAGGACUUAAAGGCAGGAAGCUGUACCCGGUGGUGAGUGCUGUGUGGGGACACUGUGAAAUACGAAUCCGGUACAUAAAUGGUCUCGAUCCUGAACCUCUCUCUCUGAUGGACCUGUGUAGGCGUUCGGUGAGGGUGGCGUUAGGAAGAGACCGUCUGAGUGAAAUCCAUAGACUGCCCCUGCCGGCCUCUCUCAAGAACUACCUGCUCUACCAAUGAUGGCCCCGACGGUCAUAACACACACGGCACAGCUUCCUCUCUUUCUCAUGUUUCUCUGGGAUCCUUCUUGGGUUGAACCCGUUUGACAGCAUUGCUCGAACCUCCAGGACUGACUCAGCCUCAUGAAUGAUUCAACAAGUAUGCUUCUCUGUCAGUGGCUGGACUCAAUCUUGAGUUUCUUAUCCUGUUUUUAUGACUCUUUGCAAUUGUAUUCUCUAACUUUAAAAAAUCAGGAAUCACUGAGCACUAUGCACACGCUGAUCUAGACGAUGCCAUGACAGUCACCAUAUUGGUGAACCUCCUCCAGUUUUUAAGUUAAUGUGGCAUAUGUAGUCAGUACCUCUGCUGUGAACUCCAGGCUUUAUGAUUUAUGAAUUUCUAUCUUGUAGCCUUUUAAAUUUAAAUGCUAUUGUGCUAAAAAAAAAUUGUGUGAUGCAAAUCGAACUUGGUGCAGAGGUGCACUGUCAGUAUCUGACCACAAGGUGGCAUCAAUACACACCUCAACUCCUCAAAUUAAGAAUUAUAACAUGAAAUCCUAAUUGCUUUUAGAAAAUGUGUUUUUUAAAGUGGAUAAUAAAUAGAAAUUGCUGUUCACACAACACAGAAACAAGAUGCUGACCACUCCAUUGUGAGUCUGUAGUGCAGUUUGGAUGGAUGCACUGUGAGGCAGCUGAAGAGCAGCUCUGACCAGUCACUGCACUCACUCAGUUUUCUCUGUUAUAUAGAUGUGUCCCAUUGCUUAUCAUCAGGCAUCCGACAGGAACAUCAUAAGCAGGAACGAAAAGAUAUUGUCACUGUGAUUAUUUGUAGCAUGCAUCUGCAGGAAAUUUUUUCAAUACAAUCAGUGUUUUUUUUGUUUUUUUAAAUUUUCUGUCACUCCUGCUUUUUGUAGUUCAGUAGUUGUCGACCACAUGCUGUCGAGGCCCAAGAGUGCUCUUUUAUUAAUUCAACCAGUCUCAUCUGCUGAUUUCACUGGUUUGCACACAUUAAACCAGAGAAUGGAAAUCAACCAGGGAAAUAGUGACUGUAGUGUAAUGGUUAGUUGUAACGAAACCCUGCCACUCUUGGGUCUCACUGCCACGUAGCUGAGAACCAUUGAUGUAGUGUUUUGUGUUUUAUGAGAUGGGGGGGCAGACUAUAUAGGUGAAUGGCUGGCGUUGUGCCUGAAUCAGCAAACUUCAGAUUUAAGGCAAUGUAAUGACAGAAAAAGACAAUCCACAAAGUGCUGCACAAAUGUAAUAACAAAAAAGGUCAGAUUGCCAACAUAUCGUCAAAUGCCAUAUCAUAGACCUCUUGACUCUAGUAUUUUUAAAUGUGCAGACGUGUACACAUUCAGCACUCAGCUGGAUGUGGACACACUGUGCCACACCUUACUUUUCCUUGCUUGCAGCUUCCAUUUUAUUUGUAUUCCUUGUUGUAGAUUUGUAAGUAUCUAUUAAAGAUUAUUUCAAAUUA